AAAAUAUGCAAUUAUGUCAAAAUUUUUUAUGUAUAUAAAUUGAUUCAAAUACGAAAUAAGCAGUUGUAGUCAGUGUCGUUCUUUGUAAUAAUCAAAACUAACAAAAUGAAUACAUACUGUGUUAUCUUCUUCUUGGCUGUUGCUUUUCUCAGCGGAAUAGAGAGCAUAUCAGAAGCUGAACAAGCCAUGAUGUUCGAACUACACCAAAAAUGCUUACCUAUCUCUGGAGCUACUGACGAAAUGGCUAAGCAAGCAAUGACAGGAAAUUUUCCAGAAGAUCCUGCCUUUAAGGAACACGUAUUCUGCAUGUCCAAAGGUUUUGGUUUCUUCAACGAAAAAGGAGAAGUAAAUACAGCUGUAGUGGAAGGUGAAUUGAACAAGAGAGUUCCAGAUCCAGCACUAAGGGAAGAAAUUAGAACAAAAUGUUUAGUAAUGAAAGAAACCCCUCAAGAAACAGCUUUCCAGACUGCUAAGUGUAUGUUUGCUUAUAAAGACAAACUUAUGUAAUUAUAAAUUAUUCGACUGUCCGAUAUGCUUAUGUAUAAAGUUUAAAAUAAAGAAACAAAAGUUCCUA